CGAUAUUCAAAGAAUACUGGAAAUUCUGACAACAAAUAUCUAUUUAGUUAACUCUCUCUUUUUAGCAGAUUCCGAAAUGGCUCCCCCCAUGGUUUUUAGAUACCCAUUGUAUUGCAUGGCACAUUAUCGCUUAACUUGUCUAGAAUGUCUACAUAGCAUGAACUCUGUCAAGGGUGGAGUCAUUCCCGAUCCCGAACCCGGGAGUCGAAUUCCUUGCCCCGAGGAAGCCCAUAGUGUGGAACCAGUGUUCGGGAGAUUUGGGCCAACCGCUGAAAUUAGGGGUUUCCAUCAAGGUUUGAGCCCCGAGGACCGUAAGAAACAUAUGGCUGAUCCAGCGGCGCCACUGGAUAAUAAAGGCUCUACAAUCCAUUAUUCAAGCUGUCUCCGAUGUGGUCUUGACUACUAUUCCCCAGGCGAUCACACGACCCUUUCGCAUCCCUCCCAUACUGGAUCAAAUGGGCAGCGAUACAUCUUGGUCACAGUUGAGCCGCUCGAUUACUCACGCUCACGGGAUAGGAUCCAAUGUACCGCAGACUUCAUAUUCUCUUCCAAGUCUUCUAAACUCAACAUUGCUUACGAGUGUGCGGCUAAAGUCGAUUCAGGUUCUGCAGGUUGGAAUGUUGACAAUGCUGAAAUUGCUGUUUUGGUGCAAUUCCUUCAUCACGUCGAAAAUGAGAUAAUACCAUAUCGUAAGAGGCUCGUUGAAGAAAUAUUGUACACAAACAGCGAAUACUUCGCUGGCCAAGUGUCACGAUUUAACCUGAUAGUUACCGCUCGUAUGGACAAGGAGCUUUUAGACUUUCUCCUCCAAGCUCACCGACUAACAUAUAGCUUUAGUCGGAAGGCAUUCGUCGAGCGAAACUCUCUGGGACUUGUAACCAAGAUAUAUCCUGCGACAGAGGAACGCCGUUUUCAGAUUGUUUCUUUUCUCCGAAUGGUUCAGCGGCUUGCGUCACUAGGCAUCCGAGUUUAUUGGGAACAUUUCCGUCCGACGGAGGCUUCCAUAGCUGCAAAAAAACUAUUUUUGCACGGUCCACAACAGAGAGACAACUUCCAGGCUACUGGAGGAAUGCCAGCGCCAAACAACGCGCAAGGGGUGGUAGAAGAAGACGACUUCCAAAAUCUCCUCGACUGCGGUACUUUUGACAGUCUACCAAGCCAUGAGGGUUACGAGGCCGUAGAACGUGAGUCCCCACAAUUACAUAGCUCGAGCACAUUUGGUAAUAUUUACCAAGAGGAUUAAGGUAGGUACGCGAGC